AAAUCUCUGACUGCAAGCUGUGUUCCUCUCUCAUGUCAGCAAUCAACCUUGCGAGGCCAGAACUCCAACUCUACAUUCCCUGAGUGAUCUAUGAGUGAAAGUCAUUUGCAUACACCAUGCUGUCUCCAACUUCAUCCAUCUAUAAAUAACCAAAACAGAUGAGAAAUGGGUCCUGUUUACAUGAUCCAGUUCAAGUUUCGCCAACUUGAAAUUCCGCCAGGCUUCAAUGUUGACCAUCAAGGUUGCGUUGGAGGCUGUGAUGAGGUUCUUAAGCUACUGAUAGAUAUCUGUGGAACUGGUUCUCGCAUAUCAGCAAGAGGCCGAGGACCCACAGCAAUGCCCAGCAAUGUCCAAAGAGGUAAUACUAGGCUAAGUGCUUGCAUUUACUGUCAGCAAACAAGGCAUUCUUCCAGUGACUGCCCUUCUCGGAUUUCGGGCUCCCAGAAUUCUCACGCUCGUGUUAACCCCCAAUAUGGAGAAUCUUCACUACCAUGUAGCACAUGUGGAACACAAUGUGUGUUACGCACUGCUAAUACAGAAAAUAACAGGGGAAGAAAGUUCUACUCAUGUCCGUCCCAGGGAUGCAACUUCUUUUUAUGGAAGGAUAGCCUCAACAAUGGCAUUGGAGGAAGAAGUGUUCCUCGUUCCGGCAUAAAUGGUUCAGCAUCUAAUACCAGCACGAGAGGUGGCCGAGGCAGAGGUGACUACAAUGGAGCACAUGCUGCCAAUUCUACUUUCGUAUUAGCAACUGGUGAACCCAUCUCUGGAAGAAGGUGUUUUGUUUGUGGUGACCCAUCCCACUUUGUAAAUGCUUGCCCAAAUCGCAGCACCUGACCAUAAUGCCCUUCCAAAUGUCCACCUUCCCCUCUCCCCUCUCCCUCCAAUGUCACUAAUGGUUCAGUGGUCCUGUGCCGUUGUCCCUUCUAGUGGUUUUUUAAAGUAUUUGAUGACUAAUUAUAUCACUUAGUUUAUUGUUUCUUGCCCAUACAGAUACUCGAAUUACCACCAUAUUGUUUACACUUUCUGAAGUGCAUGAAUCCAAAUUAUCUAUUAAUUUAAGUUACUCUCCUAUGGAAAAGUGUUCUGUAUAAGUUCUCUUAAAAUCUUUUAAAUAAUUUGUUUAAAAAUUU